AUGCAUGUGUCCGUGGCGCAGCUCAUCCACAACGUCCGCGAGAUCAUCCACCCCUGCAACCCCGGCCUCGCCGCCCUCCUCGAACUCCGCCUCCGCUCCCUCCUCGCCCCAGCCGACCCCGCACCGCUGCAUCCACCUCUCCUGCACGCCGCCCCGCACGUCGCCGCGCUUCCUCCCGCUCCACCGCCGCAGCCGCUUCAUUCCGCAGACAAGCAGUGUCCGCCGCCGCAGCAGGAGCAGGAGCCCAACAACCCGCCUGCGCCGUCGCAGUCGCCCAAGACCCCUACGGCCGAGGAGACCGCGGCGGCGGCGGCGGCGGCCGCCAAGGAGCGGAAGGAGGAGCGGCGGCGGAGGCAGCGCGACGAGGAAGGGCUCCACCUGCUCACCCUGCUGCUGCAGUGCGCGGAGGCCGUGAACGCGGACAACCUCGACGACGCGCACCGGUGGCUGCUGGAGAUUGCAGAGCUAGCCACGCCGUUCGGCACCUCCACGCAGCGCGUGGCCGCCUACUUCGCCGAGGCCAUGUCGGCGCGCCUCGUGAGCUCCUGCCUGGGCAUCUACGCGCCGCUGCCACCGGGGAACCCCGUCGCAGCGCGCCUGCACGGCGGCCGCGUCGCCGCGGCCUUCCAGGUGUUCAACGGCAUCAGCCCCUUCGUCAAGUUCUCGCACUUCACCGCCAACCAGGCCAUCCAGGAGGCGUUCGAGCGGGAGGACCGCGUGCACAUCAUCGACCUCGACAUCAUGCAGGGGCUCCAGUGGCCGGGACUCUUCCACAUCCUCGCCUCCCGCCCCGGCGGCCCGCCUAGGGUCAGGCUCACCGGCCUGGGGGCGUCCAUGGACGCGCUCCAGGCCACGGGGAAGAGCCUCUCCGACUUCGCCGACACGCUCGGCCUGCCCUUCGAGUUCUGCGCCGUCGCCGAGAAAGCCGGCAAUGUUGACCCGGACAAGCUCGGCGUCACGCGGCGGGAGGCCGUCGCCGUCCAUUGGCUGCACCACUCGCUCUACGACGUCACCGGCUCCGACUCCAACACGCUCUGGCUUAUCCAAAGGCUGGCCCCGAAGGUGGUGACAAUUGUGGAGCAGGACCUGAGCCAGUCGGGUUCCUUCCUGGCGCGGUUCGUGGAGGCCAUCCACUACUACUCGGCGCUGUUCGACUCGCUGGACGCGAGCUACGGCGAGGACAGCCCCGAGCGGCACGUCGUGGAGCAGCAGCUGCUGUCGCGGGAGAUCCGCAACGUGCUGGCCGUCGGCGGCCCCGCGCGCACGGGCGACGUCAAGUUCGUCGGCAGCUGGCGGGAGAAGCUGGCGCAGUCCGGGUUCCGCGCGGCGUCGCUCGCCGGCGGCGCCGCCGCGCAGGCGUCGCUGCUGCUGGGAAUGUUCCCCUCCGACGGGUACACGCUGGUGGAGGAGAACGGCGCGCUCAAGCUCGGGUGGAAGGAUCUCUGCCUGCUCACCGCCUCCGCCUGGCGCCCGAUUCAUCAGGCCCCGUGCCGUUAA